UUCCAGAUAAUGAUUGUACACAUAAAUCCAAAUUAGACAAUCGUCGUUCAACAUUGAACUCUGCAUCAUCUACAUGUUUUCCAUUAAAUUUUCGAAGUUUAAAACGAAAAUCAUGUUUUGAUGAGAACACGGAAUUGAAUCAAUUGAAAACGGACACUAAAGAUGUGAUGAGUCAUAGUAAUAAUUUGCAUCAAACAUCAAGUAGUCGAAAAAUCAAUCAAUCAUCCCCUAAUGCUGAUAAGUUGACAACUGUUAGGCAUCAAGCAACUUCCAUACAAACACCAACGUGUACAGUGAGUUAUGACGACGAGGCUGGAGAUGAUGAUAUUGAGAAACGUUGUUUAAAUCAAAGU